CCCAUGGUGAGGUCACAACGAUUAGUUCAACACUUGAAUACGGAGAUGGCCAGUCUAUUCUGUUCUGUAGGAGACAGCGUCGCCGAUCUUCGUCAUUAGGGCACUAUGGUCUGGGAAUGCAUUUGGCAGCUUCCGGUGGCACUUCUCAUUAUGGCAUCGCCUCGAGUGCUUCUCGCAGACGACAGUGUGUGUUCCUCUGCAAGCGGUGUUAGCCUCUGGGCGAGCAGCUUCCGCAACCUUACGGGCCACUGGAUUACCAAGGCGGCUCUCAUCCGCAAAAGUAGACGAGAUAUCAGCGAGCUGCGGUUUGUGCAAAAGCCGCCGCAUUACGACAUCGACAUUUCCAGUCAAAACUGUGGUGACGUCGAAAAGCUGACGACAGUUUUCACUGUUGUAGAACCACCUGCCCGUGUUGGUGCCGACUACAAAUACUUUCCAAAUGUUGGAUACUACAAGCUGCACACUGACAAAAGGAACUGGGAAAAUGCUCGGAGAACGUGCGCAAAGGAAGGAGCGCACCUCGCCAUCGUGAACUCUGAAGCGGAAGAAAAUGCUAUACGGGAAGUGAUGAGAGCUCACUCGACAGAAAAAUUCAUUGCUUUCAUCGGUUUCCACGACAUGUUCAAGGAAGGAGAGUACCUCACGGUCUUGGGUCAACCUUUGAUAUCGAGUGGCCACGUAAACUGGAUGAAAAGUGAGCCUAAUAACGCAGAGUACCCCGAUUCUCCAGAAGGCCAGGACUGUGGGUCUAUUUACAACGACGGAACCAUCAGCGACGUCAGGUGCAACGUGGAGAGGCGAUUUCUGUGCGAGCAGAGUCUCUAGUGCUUCUAGAGACUCACUCUUUCGUAUUCUGCCGUCAGCGGUGAAAUGGUGAAACUUCGACAACUGUGGCCGGCUGCAAAUUAUGGAGGAAACAAACAGCGAGUCAGAUUUCUUUUGUCACCAAUAGGAAGACGUUACAACGCAAAAUAUAAAAUAAAAAUGGUUUGUAUUUCUGUUGGUAUUAAUUAUUCCUGUAAGGAGCCAAUGAGAACGUGUGUGGAACUUGCAUUCAUUAUCACUAUAAUUUGUAUCAAAACUCUAAUGUUUAAAUUGACAUUUGGGUGUAGUUACCUCCUAUGUUAGAUUAAAAGUUUUAUUCCCA